AAAACUGAGGUGCAUAGAUAUUGUGACUGGAAUGAGAUCACACAGUUUAGAAACUGGCAGAUCCAGGAUUCACAAGAACAUUCCAGGGAUCCGAUGGAUUCAAGGAGUCUGGAGAAUGCUGGGAACAGGACCUGCCACGAUCAGAUGGUCCCGAAGAUGAACGUGAGCAAAAAGAUCGUGAUGUUGGCCAGCCCGCUCCACGCUCUGGACAUGCCCCAGGAGGUGAAGAAAAGCUGCCCCGAGAAGCAGGGGGAGAUGGGGAACGAGAGGGUCAAGAUGACCAAGGCGCUGAAGGAGAAGCAGAGCGGCGAGCUGGACAGAGCCGGCCUUAAGAGAAGGACGGAGAGCGAGGAGAAGCCCCCCGCCCUGAAGCGGGAGCCCCGGGCCACCGAGCUGGAGAGCCAGCUGAUCGCUGUGCCUCUGCCCCACAUCCCCCUCAAGAACAUCAUGGACGUGGAGAUGAAGCUGGUCUACAUCGACGAGGAAGACGUCACGUACGAGUUCGUGGAGGCGCUGGUGUCCACCGCGGCGCCGGCCCCCUGUCCGGCGGCUGACAUCGCGGACUCUCUGAACGCGCCCCACUUGGCCUUUCUGCCCCAGAUCGACAAGUGGCUCCAGGUGGCCCUCAAGGAUGCCAGCACCUGCUACAGGCAGAAGAAGUACGCCAUGGCGGCGGGGCAGUUCAGAACGGCCCUGGAGCUUUGCAGUAAAGGAGCAGCUCUGGGAAAACCUUUUGAAGCAUCUGCUGAAGAUAUUUCAAGUGUUGCUAGUUUUAUUGAGACAAAGCUUGUCACCUGUUAUCUACGGAUGAGGAAACCCGACCUUGCUUUGAAUCAUGCUCACAGGAGCAUUGUUUUAAAUCCAGCCUAUUUCCGGAAUCAUCUUCGUCAGGCAACAGUGUUUAGAUGUCUGGAGAGAUAUUCGGAAGCGGCCCGGAGUGCCAUGAUCGCUGAUUAUAUGUACUGGCUAUCAGGAGGAAGCGAACAGUAUGUCAGCAAACUCAUCAAGUUGUACUGGCAGGCAAUGAUCGAAGAAGCCCUCACCAGAGCAGAAUCCUUCUCGGUCAUGUACACACCGUUUGCAACAAAAGUAAGGCCUGACAAAAUCGAGAAAGUAAAGGAGGUUUUCACAAAAACGCACCCCGCAUAUGUGGAGUAUAUGUACACAGACCUUCAAGGACUUCACGUGCUGCCUCAGACAGUUGACUGGUCAUCAUUCCCUCCCCAACAAUAUCUGUUGACACUUGGGUUCAAAAACAAAGAAGAUGGAAAAUUUUUGGAAAAAAUGUCAAGUAGGAAGCUACCCACAUUUACAGAGCACAAAACCCCCUUCAGCCCACUGACCCGGGAAGACGCCGCAAGACACAUGGAGACGAUGGGGAAGAGGAUCUUACCGAUAUUGGAUGUCAUCCGAAGCACUAAAUUAAAUGGGAGUUUCCGGGCAUGCUCUGGUGUGAUCGAGAAGUUACAGUACGCCAGCCUCCUCAACCGACUGCAGAGAGUCAAGGAGCAGUCCCAAGUGAUCAACCAAGCAAUGGCUGACCUGGCCACCAUCCCCUAUCUCCAAGACAUCAGUCAGCAGGAUGCUGAGUUGCUGCAGUCGCUAAUGUCAGACGCUAUGGACACCCUUGAAGGAAGAAGGAAUGAUAAAGAACGGGUAUGGAAUAAAAUCCAGAAGAACAUCCUAUCCGAAGAUAAUUAUACCGCACUUAUUUAAUCAGCCCAGGAAGUUCACAACAAUCGUUCCCAUUCUGUGGUCAUCGGCGAUCUCAAAUUCACUCAUGGUACCGGCUUCCUCGUAGCUAAGAACUAGACGAUUACUUUGGAGCUCAAUGCAAUGAGAGCCUCGAACUUUCCUCAUUCCUUCACAUUGUUGGUGUUUUGAGGACAUCAGCCAGGAUGUUCACAUACAUCAUAGAGACAGCUCUGCAAGAUGGCACAGAGAGAAAUAUAGGUCCAACUGUCCCUGGACACCAGCUAGUUCGGCUUCUUAUCUGGACUCUGAUGCAGGCCCCCAUUUGGGCUCAAGUCUUUUUCCAUUCCAGUCCAUCUUUCCCACAGUUGUCAGGUUAUUUUCCUAAAGCAUAGGUUUGAACAUGUCAAUAAACUUAAUGACUCCCAAUUACUUCUAGGUUAAAUACAGAACGCUCUGUUUGGCAUUUAAAGCCUUUGAUGAUCUAUUUCCAACUUGCUUUUCAGACUUAACUUUCAUUACUUCCAAUCUUACAGUUCAGCUUUCUUGUCAUUCCUUAUUCUUGACACUCGCUCUUCCACCUCUAUGCCUUUGCGAAGGCUAUACCUCAUGCCUGGGGUGCAUUCCCUACGCACCUCCAACUCUAUGUUAAAUCCCAAUAUAUCUUUUUUUUCCAAUAUACCUUCAAAUGUAUUCUGUGUAUUUAUCGAUUUUGUAUAUUAUUUUAUGCAGAAUGUGUUAACUCCCUCAUUAAAAUGUAAGCUGCUUAAAGGCAGAAACUAGGUUUUUACUCAUCACCUAACACAGUGACUGGCACAUAGCAGCCUGUUAAGUAAUUUCUUGUUUGAUUAAUUGACACAAGUACAAUGGAUGGAUGGAUAUGUGGGUGAAUGAUGAAUGGUCAGAUGGAUGGAUGAAUAGAAACUGAAAAAGAUUUAAAGGAAGUUCAGGAAGGUCAAAGUCCUAUAACAUGGAGCAAAUGAAUGUAUACCGGAAUUUGGCUUCCUUAAUUUCAUUAGUUUAUCCAUCACAGCAUGACAAAAUUCAUUAAUCCAGUUAGAAUUUAUCAAACACCAAUUAUGUGCCAGGCACUGUGCUGUAUGUUGGAGAUACAAAGAUAAAAAUAAAACAAUUCCUGCCUUCAGGGAGUUUUACAUGUACAGAAAAAUCAAAUACAAACUAUUUAAAUUCUCAAUUCAAUUCCUGUUUUCCUUUUCUUCUGAUAAUCUACUGACCCUCAUGAGGUCUUUAAUUUUUUUUUCUUUCUGAAAAUCUAAAGGAUUGUUAGUUGUUUUACCACAUUUGUGCUAUAGGACGACAUUUUAGGAUGCCACAAGCAAAAUAAAAGAAUGUAGUAAAUU